AUGGAGGACCCAAAACUUAUUGCCUGGAAGGGAAUAAAGCUAAAUCCAAAAAGCCACUAUUAUGCCAAGACCGGUUUAUGUGAACUGUAUGAGUUAGCUAGGCUUUAUAACCAACAGUUUCCUAACAAUGAGGAUGAUGAGAGUUUACCUCAUGCCCUCCUAUUUGAGACUGAUUAUGCCCUCGCAGCUCUUUACAAAGAUAUCCAGAGUAUCAGAACAGACAACCUCCACCUGAAAGAGGACGUCAAACGGUUAGGUAAACAAAAUAAUCGCUUUCUUACCUCCAUGCGGCGUCUUAGUAGUAUCAAACGAGAUACUAACAGCAUCGCCAAAGACAUCAAGGCCCGUGGAGAAGGCAUCCACCGAAAACUCCAGACAAUGAAAGACUUCAAUGAAGAUGCAGAAACAAAACAUGGCACAAUGUCUGUUAUAACCCGUGUAUCAAAGAAUCACUAUGUUGACCUCAUGCAUGCCUUUCAGGAAGCCAUGUUUGAGUACAAUGAGGCAGAGAUGAACCAGCGGGAGAACUGCAAGAUUCGGAUCCAGAGACAGCUGGAGAUCAUGGGCAAGGAUGUUUCCGGAAACCAGAUUGAAGACAUGAUCGAGCGCAAGUGGGACGUCUUCUCUGAGAAUCUCCUGUCUGAUGUCAGAGGGGCUCGUGCAGCAUUGAAUGAGAUAGAGACGAGACACAAAGAGUUGAUGAAGUUGGAGAGUCGCAUCAGGGAGGUUCAUGAGCUCUUUCUACAGGUGGCACUACUGGUGGAGCAACAAGCUGACACUUUUGACAUCAUUCAACUGAAUGUGGAAAAAGUUGAGGACUAUGUCGAGAGGCUAAAUGUCAGUGUGAGGAAAGCUCUGGAAUACAGGGAAACACCCUUUCGAACGCUCCUCUGCUGUUGCUUUUCAUGCAUAGCAGAAGAUGAUUCUCCUACUCAAGCCGGUACAGACCAACUUGAAUGUGCCCUAAGAAUGUAUAGUUGAAAUAGUGCUUUUUAAAAUGGGCUAACUCCUGGAACGGGGUUGCUUUUGGUUUUGGGAGGUUGGGGUGGUUACCCCUUAUCUUAGAUGGAGAUGCCUUAAGCACAUUUAUAUGCUAAUAAAAGCCAAAUGUUGCUUUCAAAUAACUUUUUAUUAUCUUAAAAAAAAAAAAUCAAGCCUAACCGAUUUGACUAAUCAAGGCUAGAGUGCUUAGAGAGCCUCAUAAAAUGAUACAUGCUCCAAUCUGACACCACCUAAUUUAAAGAAUGAAUGAAAGGCUCAUAGCUUCCUCAAUGAAGGAUGAGUGUUGUAUACCACAAGGUGGCUAUUUUCUAUCUUCCACAGUGAGACUGCAUGGGGUACAGCUCUACUGCUGUAGUGAAGUAAUUCUGUGGUGCUUCGUAAGUUUGCCUACCUUUAGGAAAUUUGGAGCACACAUGAUGCAAUCCUUGAGCAAUUCAUUGCCACAUUCAUUUGAAGAAACAGUAAAUCUGUUAAACUGUUAACGAAAAUAUAGAAUUAGUUUCUUAAAUCUUUUACACAAGGAGCUUGAUGUGAUGUCACACUGGUUUUACACCAGUGGAACUCCCUUGAAAUGAAUGAAGUGAAUUUUGAUCUAUUCCAGUGUAGAUAAGAUAAACUCGGUCCCAAGAAGUGGUCAUUCCUUCCCGCCCCCCUCCACCAAAAAAAAAAAAAAAUCCCUUUCAUCAUGUGAACGCACCAGAACUUUGAACCAGGUCACAGGAAACACUGUCAAAUUAAGACCUCUCCAACUGAUUCUUACUUUAGUCAUUAAAGAACAACAUUACAACUUUAAAUACUAUUUAAAUGUAGUCUGCUGAAGACUGAAAAUGGUCAUGGCAAACUUUUCAAGAUUUUUAGCCCUGUGAAUAAAAUUAAUACAACUAUCUCCUCUCAAAUGUGACUUAAACACCCAUAAAUGGACACUUGUCUGGAGGGCAAAGGCAACAUUUUAGAGAUUCAACAUAGAAAACAAAUUUGAAGUGUAGUGACAGAUUCCCUUGUAAUAGAUGCUUAUUUUGUAAGAUGUAUUGAUAUAUUAUGUUUGUAUAUGUUAACAUGAAGGUAUUAAUAACAAUGUUUACUCUGGUUAAUCAUAAGACUGAUGGGGCGUCUUGUGCCUCUGGGACAACUGCACAUUGAAAAGAGAAUAGACCCCUUUAUUCAAUAUUCUGUAUGAGCCAACAUUUUGGAGUCAAAAUAACACUUCUUUUAUUGGGUUUGAAAAGUUUUCCCUUCUCCCUCUACCUCUCUGACCAUAUUAGGUUUGGACAAAAAGGGAGGAAGGAGAAAUUAAAGGCCAAAUUUGCAGUCCCUUAAUUGAUACAGUUCUCAUUGGUUUUUCACUUGAUUGAGAGAUGAAGAUUUGGCCCUUCCUUUUGAAUAUGCACAAUAUUCCAACUACAGUAUUUCUAAGCAGCUUUCUGCUACAUUGUGAUUUUAUUGGUACUUUGACUCAUAAGACUUUUCCAGAAGUUAGUGACUUCAAAGAUCUUCUUUUGGUUAACUUAAUCUCCCUUUUGUCCUUUUUAAUAUGUUAUUUUAACAUUUCACAUUUGUAUUUUGGUGGUUUCCUGCCCAGAUGCACCCAGCUAUUCUUCUGCACCCUUCACAGUUAAGGUUUCUCUGUCUUUUGCACACUAAAUGUAUAUUGUAACAUUCUUUUAAUUACUUAUAAAACAAUAAGGCCUUGCAAAAACAAAUUGAUACUCACUUCUAAGCUUUCUUUGCCUAGCAAGAAAAUGUUUCUGGUCAGGCUUGUCACAUGGAGGAUGAGGGAGUUAAAUGAACUUGGACAAGAACUUUUCUUUUCCUCAAGCUGAAAGUCACUUUGCUUUGAACUAAAUAUUAUAUGAAGCACCUAUGUCUGUAUUUCAUGUAUUCAUUAGUUAGAAUUUAUGUAGGGGACAAAUGAGCCUCAAACAAGAGUGUCUGUGGUAUACAGUGAAGUCUUGAAGCCAUCAGUGUUAGAUUUUGCUUGGGGAAAUGCAAAACAAUUCAAAUCUGAACUGCAAGGGGGGAAGAGAAGGGGGUGUAAAAUGCACUGGCUGGCACCCUUUACUAAUAUUUAAGAGCUGUGUCAUGUUGAGUAGCACCUUACUCCAUAAGUAGUCCCAAUCAAGUCAGUGACACACUUCCUGAAGAAAGGUACAUGUGCAUGAGGAUAUCCGAAUCUGGACUUAAAACAGGCCACAGAAAACCUGAAUCUAUUUGCUCUGUGUAUUUGUAGCUUUUUCUACCCCCCCUUUUAUGUAGUUAUGUAAAUAUUCUAGUUGUAUGUUUUUUUGUACAUGUAUGUACCUAGAAAUGCAAUAAAAGUAUUUGUGGUAUAAUGGUAAA